CAGCUGGCAUCUGUAAACAAUGUAAACAAUAAUAAUUGUGAAAUCAAGGCUUGAUAAAAUGUAAAUAUGUAAUAUUAGGAAAACAAGUUGUUAUCAGUUAUGAGUAAUAAUUUUAAUAGAUAAACAAAUGAUAUAAUGCAGCGAUUUUAUUAUCAGGCUGAUAAAAUUAUAUCUUGUAAGUCCCAGUAGAACAUCUUCUUUUCGAACUGUCUCAUUUUUCUUUCGUAUUGCUUUUUGUUCAUAAAUAACAAGAAAAUGAGUGCCAUAGUUCAAACAGUUUUAGGGGAUGUACACCCUAGUGCAUUAGGCAGAACUCUAACACAUGAACAUCUAUCAAUGGACUUCACCCAUUUCUACAAAGAGCCACCAAAAGAAAUUGCAGAUAAAUUUCAGUCUGGAUUUAGUCUCGAAAAUGUGGGGUUUCACAGGCAGUAUCCAUAUAGCUCUAAAAAUAAUUUAAUAUUCAAUGACUUGAAGGCAAAGGAAGCAGUGUUAAAUGAUGUACUGGCUUAUAAGAAAUAUGGUGGAGGAACAAUAGUUGAGAACACAACAGAGGGGAUCAAACGAGACAUUGAUUUCUAUAAGCAGUUAUCAGAAAAAAGCAAAGUCCAUAUAGUAGCUGGUACUGGUUAUUAUAUAGCUGAUGUGCAAAACAACAGUACUAUGGGAAGUACUGCAGAAGAUAUGUAUAAUCAUAUGCUAAAAGAGAUGACUGAAGGUUGUGUUGACUAUCCUACAGUUAAAUCUGGCUUUGUGGGAGAGAUUGCUAGUGUUUGGCCAAUUAAAGAAUUCGAAAGAAAAGCAAUAAAAGCAGCUGGAGAACUUCAAUCACAAAUUGGUUGCGGAGUUAGUUUCCACCCGCAUAGAGAACCGGAAUCGCCGUUCGAAAUUAUCCGUCUUUACUCAGAAGCGGGCGGGAAAAUGGAUAAAGUUGUCAUGUCUCAUUUGGAUCGUACGCUGCUUGACUUCGACAAGCUCGCAGAGUUUUCCGAACUAGGUACAUAUUGCCAAUUUGAUUUAUUCGGCGUGGAAGUAUCAUUCUACCAAUUACAUGUUCCUACUGAUAUGCCUUCGGAUGCUCAAAGGAUGAACAUGAUUAAGGGAUUGGUUGAUGAUGGCAAAGAAAAUAGAAUUUUGAUGUCUCAUGAUGUGCAUACUAAACAUAGAUUGAUUGAUUUCGGAGGUCACGGAUAUUGCCAUAUAAUUAAUAACAUUCUACCACGGAUGACAGCUAAAGGCUUUUCUCAAGCUCAAAUCGACAAAAUAACGAUUGAAAACCCCGCGGAAUGGCUUACUAUCAAGAAGUAGAAAACAGUCACUUAAUAUAAGGAAAAUGUUGCCAUAUUUACAUUGUUAUUUAUUUAUUAAGGAAACAAUAUAUUCUAAAAGAUUUUUAGACGUUUGUUGUUUUACACUUUUACAAAGGAAGAUUUUUCGUAAUCUAUAUUGUUAAAGUAUAGGUAUUAAUAAAAUUAUUGUUACGAAACUA